AUGGAAGAUCCUGAAAAAGGAUACGAAUUCGGGCCGCCUGAACGCCAUUUCUGCCUAAAGAGUGCGGUGGCGUUUGGCGGAAGUUCGACUGUAUAUGAAGCAGAGCAUUGGAAUCGCUCAACGAAGCUGAAUGGUGUGGCCGUGAAAGUGAUAUACCCAGAAAAUAUGGCAUCCUGCGAUGCUAAGCAAGAGCUUGAUAUUUGGAAAGAGUUGCCACAUCAUCCUCAUCUCCUCCAGCUCAUCCAUUAUGAAAAGAGAAUUCUUGAUGAUCCAGCUGAAAAUACGAACAACACCCGACAUUAUCUUGUCAUGCAAUUUAGCCGUUCUGGAAAUUUGCUCCGCUUUGUUCGUCAAGAGGGCAAGAAAGAGGAAACCAUGUCUAACAAAGGACCACAGCAAGUAAUGAGUUUGACCAGUGGCACCUCUACCCGUGCAUCCCUAUCGGCCAAUAAAUCGAAAGGCAUCUCUAUCCGAGCUGCCCGUGACAUCAUGCGUCAAUUGGCGUCUGCCAUUUAUUGUCUGCAUAAAGUGGCGCAUGUAGUGCACAAUGAUCUCAAGUUGGAAAAUGUGCUCGGAUUCGAGCCGGAAGAUGACCAAGAUGGGCCCAUUACUUGGAAAAUUGCUGAUUUCGGUCUGUCACAAAAAGUGCGGACGGAUUCCUACUUGGGCGCCAACUCGGCCCCUACGCCCUGCGGCACCGUGGCCUACGUCGCACCAGAAUUGAUCUCAUACAUGGAUUUGGAACCAUACCUGGAAGACUCUGUCCCUUCUCACAACCGCCCCUCCCUUCCGCCAGACAUGCCUGUCUUUGCGCGUGACAUGUGGGCCCUGGGAUGUAUCCUAUAUGCUUUGUUGGCGGGACAACUACCUUUCAUGGAUGGAAUACAGUCGCGUAUGAUCCGGCGUAUCUCCAACGGCGAUUAUGAAAUGCCAUACCGUCUCUUGUCCGACAGUGAACGGGAAAAUCGACAAGGUGAACCAAAUUGGAAUAAUAAUGAUAACGAACCGGAAGGGUCUCGCUCUGAAGCACGACAAGUAUUGGAGCAUUUGUUAGACACUAAUCCAAGAACACGAUGGACGAUUGACGACUUGUGCCAGUCGCGAUGGCUAUCUCUCUAUUAA